AACUAGGCUGCUCUGCGUGCGAGAAGAAUACUUUCCGUCAGCCUGGUGCAUCUGUCUGGCUUCUGCCACUGACAUGGAUUUAAUUGCUCCAUCACCGGGUGUUGUUGCUUCAUGGAGUGGAGCGCCCUCCACUGGACAUAAGAGACAGACCCACUCGACAAACAUGAGGAGCGCAGCCAAGCCCUGGAGUCCAGUCACCAAAGUGGGGAGCCAUGGGAGUGACCGCGCACGACCCCUCCCCACGGCCUCCUCUGGCAUGAAGAGUUCUAAGUCUUCAACCUCGCUGGCGUGUGAGUCCCAGCUCAGCAAGCUCAAGAGGGCCAGCAGCGAGGACAUGCUCAACAAGCCGGGAAGUACCACCGCUUCCGCGGUAGUCCGACUGAAAAAGACUUCGACAGCCGGAACCAUCUCCGAGCUCACUGAGAGCCGCCUGAGGAGCCACCCAGGGUCUGCGACAACCACCAAACGGACAGGCAUUCCAGCUCCUCGAGAACUUUCGGCAACUAUCUCAAGAGAGAGAACGGUGCCACGUGGUCCCACCAACCCAAAGAAAUCGGUGUCUAGUCCAACUUCUUCCAGCACACCCACCCCUACCAAGCACCAGAGGACCACUUCCACAAGACCCAGGCCAGAGAAUGAAGGGGGAGAAAAGGCUGUGCUCGAGUCCCAAGUUCGGGAGCUUUUGGCAGAGGCCAAAGCAAAAGAUAGUGAAAUUAACAGGCUUCGAAGUGAACUAAAGAAAUGCAGGGAGAAAAGGACUCUGAACACGGCAGGAACCGACACUUCGGACCCAAAGACGGAUGGAACAUCAGUCUCAGCAGCUGACUCUGAACCAUUGAUACAAGCUCUUGAGGAGAAGAACAAGAAUUUCCAGAAAGAGCUUUCUGAUCUGGAGGAGGAAAACCGGGCCUUGAAGGAGAAACUGCGUUAUUUUGAGCAUUCAGAAGCAGGGUCCAGUCACACUGCUGAUAGCAGCUGUCCCACAUCCCUCACCCAAGAGUCAAGCUUCGGAAGCCCAACUGGGAAUCAGGUGUCAGGUGAAGUAGAUGAAUAUAAAAGACACGCCCCCCAGAACAUAUUACCGACGUCGGGCUCUUCAAGCAGCGAUGUUACCAAAGCUUCUUUGUCACCGGAUGCCUCCGAUUUUGAGCACCUCACAGCAGACACCCCCUCUCGGCCCCUGUCUUCCACGAGCAACCCCUUUAAGAGUUCGAAGUGUUCUACCACUGGGAGUUCCCCUAACAACGCGAGUGAACUGUCCCUGGCUUCCCUUACGGAGAAGAUACAAAAGAUGGAAGAAAACCAUCAUAGCACAGCAGAAGAACUGCAGGCUACUUUACAGGAAUUAUCAGACCAGCAACAAAUGGUGCAGGAGUUGACAGCUGAAAAUGAGAAGCUGGUGGAUGAAAAGACGAUUUUGGAAACUUCCUUUCAUCAGCAUCGGGAGAGGGCAGAGCAGCUCAGUCAUGAGAAUGAGAAGCUGAUAAAUCUCCUACAAGAGCGAGUGAAGAAGGAGGAGCCCGGCACGCAAGAAGGGAAGGUCCUGGAGCUGGAGCAGAAGUGCACGGAAAUCCUGGAGCAGGGCCGCUGCGAACGGGAGAAGCUGCUCAGCAUUCAGCAGCAGCUGACCUGCAGCCUGCGGAAGGCCGAGGAGGAAAAUCAAGGGGCUGCAGAGAUGAUCCAACGCCUGAAGGAAGAGAAUGAAAAACUGAACGGGCUUCUAGAACUGGAACGGCAGAACAGUGGUGUGAUGGCCCAAACCCUGGAAGAGUGUACAGUUACCUUGGAAGGGCUGAAGAUUGAAAAUGGGUCUUUGAAGGCUUAUUUGGAGAAUGAGAAGCAAAAAGCGAUAGUGACCAGUUCUAUGGGGCAGACGGCAGAGGGCUGUGAAAUUCAAGAAAUGUUGAAAGUAGCUCGAGCUGAGAAAGAUCAGCUGGAAUUGUCUUGCACUGAGCUCAAACAAGAAUUACUAAAGGCACAUGGUGAAAUUAAACAUGUUUCAAGUCUGCUAGCCAAGGUGGAGAAGGAUUAUUCUUACUUGAAGGAGAUAUGUGAUCAUCAAGCAGAACAGCUGAGCAGAACCAGCCUAAAACUACAAGAGAAAGCGUCAGAGAGUGAUGCAGAGAUUAAAGACAUGAAGGAAACCAUAUUUGAAUUGGAAGAUCAGGUGGAACAGCAUCGAGCUGUCAAGUUACAUAAUAAUCAGCUCAUCACUGAGCUAGAAAGCAGUGUGAUGAAGCUGGAGGGACAGAAAGCAGACCUGGAGAGGCAGCUAAAGACUCUGACUAAGCAGAUAAAGGAGGAAACCGAGGAGUGGAGGCGCUUUCAGGCGGACCUGCAGACGGCGGUGGUGGUGGCCAAUGACAUCAAGUGUGAGGCCCAGCAGGAGCUGCGCACUGUGAAGAGGAGGCUGCUGGAGGAAGAGGAGAAGAACGCGAGGCUGCAGAAGGAGCUGGGGGACAUGCAGGGCCACGGCAGACCUGUGCGUGCGGAGUCGGAGCCCGAGGCUGAUGCCCCCGGCCGCUGGCCCGGCAUCUUUGCCAGCAGAGCCUCCGCAGCGCCUUUGGAGCCCGCGACCACCGUGAAGUCCCUUAUCAAGUCCUUUGACUUGGGACACCCAGGUGGAGCUGGACAGAAUGUUUCUGUCCAUAAGCCCCCCAGAAGCCCCUUGAGCGGAAUACCAGUGAGGACGGCCCCAGCGGCCGCUGUUUCUCCAAUGCAGAGGCACUCAACCUACAGCGGCGUUCGCCCAGCCAGCAAAGGAGUGGCCCAGCGCUUGGACCUUCCCGACCUUCCCCUCUCAGGUCUUCUGAAGGGAAGAGCUGACAACCUGAAGCCAGACCCUUACCUCCGCAAGAGCCCCUCCCUGGAGUCGCUGAGCAGACCCCCGGCCCUGGGCUUCGGAAGCACGAGGCUGCUGAGCACGUCCACCGGGGGCUUGAGGCCACACAGCAAACUCAGGGUUUGCUAUUAUAAGAAGUGCUGCUGUUGUUACCAGAGAUUGGACUUUGGUUCAGGAACCUCGGUACUUGAGUUCUGGCUAAGAAAGAAUUCAGAGCCAAGACUCAAACUUGUGGAAAGAAGGGACCCUCUGGCUGCGCUGGCCCGGGAGUACGGCGGCUCGAAGCGCAACGCUCUGCUGAAAUGGUGCCAGAAGAAGACAGAAGGCUACGCGAACAUCGACAUCACCAACUUCAGCAGCAGCUGGAGCGACGGCCUGGCCUUCUGCGCGCUCCUCCACACCUACCUGCCUGCCCACAUCCCGUACCAGGAGCUGAGCAGUCAGGAGAAGAAAAGGAAUCUCUUGUUGGCAUUUGAAGCAGCUGAAAGUGUAGGCAUUAAGCCCAGCCUGGAGCUCAGCGAGAUGCUGCACACAGACCGGCCGGACUGGCAGAGCGUCAUGCAGUACGUCGCCCAGAUCUACAAGUACUUCGAGACCUAAGCCUGCGGGGCCCGCCAUCCGCCACCUGCCCUCGUCCCGGAAGCCCCGGUCACCCCACAGGCCCUGCUCUCACGGCCACGGCCUGGCCGCUGGGUUUCAAAGGAAGGUUCCAUCCAGGGUCCCAGCUGACAAAUGAGACAGAGUUGGCUCCACCGCGCACCCACCUGGAAUUGAGAUGCAUUUGGGGUGUGAGUUGGGGAAGCUUUGCUGUCCCAGGGCCUCCCUCCUUCCAGACCCAGGAGACCCCAGCAUGGCAUGUGCAGCUGUGGCCGCCCCUGGAGCCGCCCUGAGAUUCACAGAGACAGCAGGCACUUCCUGCCAGUCCCCUCGUUACCAGCGUCCCGGCUUUGGCCUUUAAAAAAACCCACCCGCUCCCUCCAAAAACAGCCAACAAAAGAUAAGCAUUUGCAGCCUGGAACACGUGAACCCUGCCGUCUGGGGUACACUUAUGGUCUAGGUGUCAGCGGCACAGCUAGGCCUUGGUCACAGUUUGAGACCACUGUCCUGCACAUGCUGUGUGGAUGGAAGAUGGGCAUGGGAGAAUGAGAAGGAGCCCCUGGGUAGUUCGCUUCACUGUCCCUGUGGGGGCCUCCAGGUGGGCUCUGGCUCUCUGGGUGGCGGUGCAGGUGGGAGCCUGGCUCUCUGGGUGGCGGUGCUGGGACUGGGUCACCCGCAGCUGCCUGUGCUCAUGCUGAAGGGAAGCUGCAGUGACUUCACCUUCUCCAUCUGUCCUCCCAUUUGCUCCACUCCCAUUCUCACCCACACACGCUUGUCCCAUGUGCAGAAUUGACCAACAGGAAGCCACCCGUGUGAAAUCCCUGUGUCUGCUGGGGUUGGGGGUAUUUGCGCAGUGAAACAGCCUGCGGGUGUAUUUCUUGGGAUACUGGGCAGACAGCAAAUUUAAACAUUUCAACUUUAGGCUUGUUUAGCAUUUAGUACUUCAGCUGGCCUUCGUGUUUGCAUGGCAACAAGGGUGGGCAGAGGCGGAAAUGCAGUUUCUCUGCUCUUCUGGGGUCACUCCAAGUGACAGCAGAGCCCCCUCGAGCGGCCCCAUUCGCCUGGGAGUUACGCUGAGCAAGUAGCCACCGGUGGUUCUUCAUGUUCUUGGUGGCAAAUAAAGGCACAUUGCAUGGCAAGUGGGGUGCGGUGCACAUAAGUAAAUCAGGGUGAAUUCACCAGUGCCCUUCACUUGCUAAUGAAGGUGCCCAUAGCUGUGUGAGUGCCCCCAGACAAGGGUCAUUGUCACAGGUCACUAGGUGUUACAGCAGCGCUCUCCCUGCUUACGUCACUCUCAUGGUGGGCGCUGUCCCAGCCGGGCCUGAGGCUCCAGGCCCAGCUCUGUCCUGGGAGAGGCGAGUUCACCCUCCCUCCAGGCCACCCGGCAGGCCCGCCCACCCUCCGCGCUGUGGAGGUUCCGGGGCGCUGGGGAGCGCCUGGCCUGCCCAUCAGGUGUGGGGCCUGCGUGUUGUCUGAAUCCCUGAGCCGAAGGAGAGAGCGGCUUCGUGGCCACAUGGGGCCUAGCAGGUGCUGCUGCUGCUUUCACAUCCAGCCCUUGCUGUCCAGUGGAGGCGGGGGUGCCGUCCGAACAAGUCCCCUCCUCGAAUGAGCAAGUGAAAGCCUUGCUGGGCGCUUCCUGCGGGACACUUGCCCCUCCCACUGCUUCUGCCUGCUCACCACCGCUUUGGGGGCGGAGCCGGGGCGGGUGAGUGGCGGUGCUGGCUCAUCACCUCAAGGCUUAGUGCAGGAGAGACCCUGAGGCCUUGCAUGGGAUGGGGGUCAGCACCGGCAGCGCCUGGUGCAGUGACUCCCGCGGUGAUUCAGCACAGGCUCUGGGCGGAGCGGGCCUGGGGGGGGGGGUGCCCUUUUCCCCCCCUGCAGGUUAGAAAGAGGGGGAAUGUCAUACAAAAGGAAGACCAUGUGCCAACUUAUUUUUAUAAUUCAAGGAAGUUCCUUUACCACCAUUUUGUUGCUGGUGGGCACACGAGGAGGGGCGCGUGUGUCCUGGUGGGCAGCACAGUGGCUGAGCAGGUCUGGCGCCGGGGGCAGGAGGGGCCUGCAGGCAGCUGGGGGCCAGGCUGGUCGCACUGCAGGGUCUGGGGAGAAGCUGUCCCAGCCGGGGCUGAGCACAGAACAGGGUUUUUAAGUGUGUUUUCAGUUGGAGAGCUCAGAGCACAAGGGGAAUGUGGGAAAUAGAUAAAUAGAAAGCGAGGCGGCAUCAGCGAGUUGUGUCAUUUCGUUUCCUGUCCUGAGGUUUUCAGAGGCUGCAACAGCCAUGUUUCUCCCAUCUUCCUACAGCCACUGCUCAGUCCUUUAAAAGUACUUGGCGGUUCUGCAGACACUUUUUUUAAUGUAUUAUUUUUAUAUAAAAAGCACGUGCGAUAUGAAAGACCCAUAAGAGCAGGCGGGGUUUUUUAAAGACAAGAAGUAUGGUCUCUGCACCGGCUGGUGUCGUGUCCUUGAACUGUGCUUGGUCUCCGGCACUGCCGAGCCUUGCCGCCGGGUAGCGUCCGGGGGAACCGCACACGCACACUCCGCCCCCCCCCCCCUCACUGUAGAAAGGGGCGCAGCCUCCGGGAUUCCUUCUCCAUCUGUUGUUGUUCACAGCUUUGGUUGGUGCGCAGGUGUUACACAAAGUGCACUUCCCACUGCGCUUAGCCGCCUGGCGUCGCAAGGGUUCUCAGCCACCCUCUUCCCCGCUGAGGCGGGUGCAGCGAUGGAGGGUUCGGGUCUGUGAAAACCCCUCUCCCAGAGCUGAGCCAUUUGAGACGACUGCCAAGGACAUGCAGUAAGGGUGUGACCUGGCUGCCUUUUCACUAGUGAGUGUGUUUUUAAUAUCCCAGAAGCCCGAGUUCACUGGUGGUCGCCUCCCUGACCCGGUUAGAGUUGCUGAGGCCCUGAGUGCUCACUGAGUUAACGACGGGAGUUGGAUGCAGCCGACACACCUGUGGCCUUGUUGCUGCACAAACUCACCAGGUGGUCCGAGCGUCCUCAGGGCAGGCCAGGCCAGCAGAGCUGGGUGCACGAUUAUCUGAAAGUGUAUGAUAUAUGACUAAUAUUUCUAAUAAAUAUAUUUUGUUUCUGUCUGGUUA